UUGCUUCGAAAAAGAAAGACAGACUGAAGAACGACGGCUCCGAGCAACACCGAGACAAACGAAGCAAAAAACGCCUCCAUAAAUCACUUCGCGGCAGACGGACAAUAACAUCGCAAGCCGGGCUUUUCGUCACGUCGCCUGACUGGCUUGUUUUAGCCUCUUAACUGCCCACGCCUUGAUUUUAUUAACGUCGCAUUCGAAAUAUUGAAAUCUUUAGGUCCGACAACCUCUUCUCUGUAAGGCUCACGCAUGUACACUUCCGCGGCCAACAUAUAUUUGCUUUUGUUCAAACGAAAGUAGCCUGCAGACAGUAAUACGCGAAUCGACCAAUAGGAAACCGGCGCACGUUUCCCUGUUUGUGACUUCCGGUUAUCAUUCUGUGAGCCAAUCACCAGCGGAAGAUGUGAAGUCCCACCUUCUUUGCUGUCUUUCCGCUGCCGAUCGUCAGUCAUUUUGUUGUGGGCUACGAUACACAGGAGGGUGUGGAUCAAUAAGGUGUCACUGCUGUGCAGCUUCUGGUUUUCUAUUAAGUCUCUGAGAAGCCUUUGAAGGCCUUUGGCUUCAAGAUGGCUGGAGAGAAUGAAACUCCAAAUUCAUCUUUGCGGAUCAUGACGUUUUAUCCAACUAUGGAAGAGUUCCGCAACUUCAGUCGUUACAUAGCGUACAUUGAGUCCCAAGGGGCACAUCGUGCCGGUCUGGCAAAGGUGGUUCCUCCAAAGGGGUGGAAACCACGGACUAGUUAUGAUGACUUGGAUGAUCUUGUGAUUCCAGCUCCUAUUCAGCAGGUGGUCACUGGGCAAUCCGGCCUCUUCACUCAGUAUAAUAUACAGAAAAAGCCAAUGACAGUCAAAGAAUUCAGACGUAUUGCAAACAAUGAUAAAUAUUGUACUCCUCGCUAUGCAGAUUUUGAGGAUCUGGAGCGCAAAUACUGGAAGAAUUUAACAUUCAAUGCGCCAAUUUACGGAGCAGAUGUAAAUGGGUCCUUAUAUGACAAGCAUGUGGAUGAGUGGAACAUUAGCCGCCUGAAUACAGUCCUAGAUGUUGUGGAAAGAGAGAGUGGGAUCACAAUAGAAGGAGUGAAUACCCCAUACUUAUACUUUGGUAUGUGGAAAACGUCCUUUGCUUGGCAUACUGAAGAUAUGGACCUUUACAGCAUCAACUACCUGCAUUUUGGUGAACCAAAAUCAUGGUAUACCAUUUCUCCAGAACACGGAAAGCGGCUGGAGAGGCUUGCCAAAGGCUUCUUUCCCGGAAGUGCUCAAAGCUGUGAAGCCUUCUUGCGUCAUAAAAUGACCGUGAUCUCACCGUUUAUACUGAGAAAGUAUGGGAUUCCAUUUCAAAAGGUCACUCAAGAGGCUGGAGAAUUUAUGAUCACCUUUCCUUAUGGUUACCAUGCUGGCUUUAAUCAUGGAUUCAAUUGUGCUGAAUCUACCAAUUUUGCUACAAUGAGAUGGAUUGAAUAUGGAAAGCAGGCUGUUUUGUGCUCUUGCAGGAAAGAUAUGGUGAAAAUCUCCAUGGAUGUAUUUGUAAAAAAGUUCCAACCAGAGCGGUACAAGCUGUGGAAGUCUGGGAAGGAUUGUACUGUUAUUGACCAUACUCUUCCCACUCCAGAGGCUGCAGAAUUCACUGAUGAACAGGCAGAGACAGAUCAGAAGAAAAGUGUGGCCAGACAUCGUAUAGGAACCAAAAGGCACCGUGUAUGUUUAGAGGUGCCAGAAGAGCUGAGCAGAAGUGGAGACUGUCCCAAGGAAGAGCUCUGCUCUGAAUCAGGAGAUAUGGAAUCCACCUGUGUGACUAAAAGUGGAGAAACUGAAUGCUACCAGGAUGAAUGUAAUGAACCAGGCUCUUCUGGACAAGUCUUCGAAACGCUCAAAAAUGUUGAAGAUUUUAGUCUUGCUGAGCAGGACUCAAUCUCUCACACAGAAAGUCCCUCCACUAGUGCACAAAAGUCAACAUCCUCUUCUUCCUCACAAGAUAGUUCCCCAGACAGCUCUGGAACAUCAGAUACGGACUCUGAUACACAACAGUCUUCCAGUUCUGGGAAGUUUCACAGCAUUCACAACUACGCCAAAUGGCAAGGCAGUGCUCAAAUAAGGAAGAAAACCAGCAGUAUGGCCAGCUUCUCAGAACAUGAUCUAGAAGAGGUAGCUGAGAAGCACAUAAAAUCCUUAAAGGAAAACAGAAAUGCCAGGAGCCGCCGACAGCCUCUGUCCAAGUUGCCACGUUAUCAUCCAUUGGUGAUGAAGGACAGUGGCAGUGAUGAUGAUCAGCCAGAUCAGCUGCUGAUGGAUGAGGAGUUUGAGGAGAGCGAGACAUGGGCAAAGUCCCUUAACCAGCUUUGGCAGAAUCGGCCACCAAAUUUCCAGGCUGAAAAAGAGUACAAUAUCGCAAUGUCUCUUAUGCCACCUCACUGCUCUGUCUGCAUGCUAUUCAAGGCAUACCAUCAGUCUGAAUGUGGAGAAGAGACCAAUAUAACUGAGCCCAGCACUAUUGCUUUCCACCUGAAGACAAAGCCUCUCAUCCCAGAGAUGUGCUUCACAACAACAGGAAGUAACACAGAGAUUAAUCUAUCUGCUCCUUAUCUGGAAGAUGAUGGCACUAGCAUCCUAAUUACAUGUAAAAACUGCUCAGUCUGUGUACAUGCCAGCUGUUAUGGAGUCCCCAAAGAAAAAGCUAUGGAAGGGUGGCUGUGUUCUAGGUGUGAAGAAAAUGCCCUAACGGAGGAUUGUUGUCUGUGUUCAUUAAGAGGGGGAGCCCUACAGAAAGCAAAUGACAACCGGUGGGUGCAUGUGAUGUGUUCUGUGGCAGUUACUGAAGCGAAAUUUGUGAACAUUGCUGAGAGGAGACCUAUAGAUAUCAGCAAAAUUCCACUGCAGAGGUUUAGACUGAAGUGUAUAUUCUGCAAGAAAAGGAGGAAGAGGGUUUCUGGAUGCUGUGUACAGUGUUCCCAUGGGCGCUGUCCAACUUCCUUUCAUGCCUCCUGUGCUCAAGCUGCCAGUGUGAUGAUGCAGCCAGAUGACUGGCCAUUUGUGGUUUUCAUUACUUGUUCCAGGCAUAAAUCCUUACAGAAUGAGGGCAAAGAAUCAGCCAGAGAUAUUGUGACUGGGCAGGCUGUUAUUAGCAAACACAAGAAUGGUCGUUACUACCAAUGUGAAGUAGUUAAACUGACAAAAGAAACAUUCUAUGAGGUCAAUUUUGAUGAUGGCUCCUUCAGUGAUAAUCUGUUUCCAGAGGAUAUAGUGAGCCGUGACUGCCUCAAUUUGGGUCCCCCUUCAGCUGGCGAAGUUGUGCAAGUUCGCUGGACAGAUGGUUUGGUCUAUGGUGCCAAGUUUGUGGCAUCCCAUACUAUUCAAAUGUACCAGGUGGAGUUUGAGGAUGGAUCUCAGUUGAGUGUUAAGCGUGAUGAUGUGUACACACUUGAUGAAGAGCUACCAAAAAAAGUAAAGUCAAGACUGUCUGUUGCAUCUGACACGCGCUUUACAGAAAUCUUUACAGAAAAGGAAGUGAAGCAAGAGGUAAAGCGACAGAGAGUCAUCAACUCACGAUACAAAGAAGACUACAUUGAGCCAGCCAUGUACCGUGAAAUCAUGGAGUAAAAUGGAAGUACUCUGAAGUGUUGAGGCUGGCUUCCAGCGAAAUAAAACUGUGGCCAAAUGUUUCAUAUCAAGUGGACAUGGGACUGUUUUCUUCUUCCAGCAGUCUGGAAUAUAUAUAUAUUUUUUUUUCCUAUUUCCCUUACAAUAAAAUGUCUUAUCAUGGAGUGCAAAGCAUGGUGAAGUCAGAAAAACAAUAGACUCUUCUGCCAUUCAACUACACCUUUGCUAAAACCACAGACUGCUGCCUAUCGUGCUUGUAUUAGGCUGCUCCUGGACAGUUGUGAGGACAUGUAAAGCCCUUGAUGCCAGAUUACAUUUUAAACAGUGUUACUGGAGCUUGUGCGCUUUUCACCUGGAAAAUUCCUUCUUUGCGGAGCAAGAUCAACUCUUUUCUUUCCGACAGUGGAAUAUUUCAAGCCUCUGACUUUGUGUUUUCCUUAUUCCACUUUGGUUUGUUUUGAUAAACUUUGCAUUAGAAAGCAGGAACCAUUUUGAUAUUUAAUGUCUUCACCUGCAGCACUUGUGAAACCUAACUGCUGGUAAAAUAAACUGCAGUAUUUGUAUUGAUGCUUUAAGGUAAUAUGCUACCCUAAAGACUGUGUUACUUAAAAUACUCUUUGAGAAAGUGUAACAUCCAGGCUCUUGUGUGAUUCAUAUGGUGUCUACCUCCCUGAUGAUAAAUACACGAUUAGGAGAGAAACUAGUAUUCACUAUCCCCAGUCUUUAAUUACCACUGAUUAAAGAAGAUUUAAGUCUAUCUUUUUAAGUCCAGUAGCCCAGUUUGAUGUUCAUUUGGUCAGACCAACCAUUGGUUUAAAUUGCAGCAUAUGUGGUCAGACUACCCAUGUCUUUUAGAUGCUCUAGAGCAAGUGAUACAUAGAAACAUUGAAGGGGCUGUCACCAUGCUGUAGUUCUAAUAUUAAAUCCAAAACAAGCUUUGCCUCAUAGUUUGGUAUGUAUGCUUUUAGGGUAUGGAGAUACAACAUAUGUACAAACUCUGGAAAGAUGGCUUUGGCCUGCCCUGAUGCAGACUUUUAGUCUUGUUUCUUAAAGUUAGUGUAAUUUUUGAAAUUUUAUGUAAGGAAAUCUGUUUGCCGUGGUUCAAAAAAAAAAAAAAAAUCCUCAGAUUUUAAUGCAGAGUUUGGAAGUUUAAUUUAUUUUGACAAAUAACUGUAAAAAGUAAUUUCUGGGAGUUUUCUGGUCAAUAAACGGUGUUUUAGAGCAUAGGCCCAAAACUGCAGUGAUUAGAACUAGAUGUUAGUUCAUCAUGAGCAAAUUUAAGAGUGAAUUAGACUAUGUUUUGGAAAAGAGCAUAUUCUUUUUCUCAAUGGAACAACAGAAGAAAUGUAAAUAUCUUUUAAUAUGGAAUACAAUAUACUUUAAUGCAUCGCUUUAAAUUUCAUUGGGUUCUAGGGGUGCAGAAUAAUGUUUGCUAAUGGCUUUUCUCAUAUUGACAGCAUAAGAGAAUUCAAUGUCUUUUGGGUUGGGAACAAACCCUACCAGAAUACAGUGGAUAUAAGCCUAUAAAUGUAGGAAGUUGAUGAUAAUUGAAGCCACACCAGUUAAUUCACAAAUAUGGGAUUGUUACGGUGUCAUUUUUUUUUAAAGAAAACUAAAAUUGCACCAUUGUGACGUCUGGCAACAUAACAAAAACAUAGAAAAUUUACAGACUUUAUGGUAUUGGUCUACUCGGACAACUAGUAGAAAUUCAGUAUUCUGCCUUCCUGCUAUUUGCCCAUAGCAAAAACACUGUAGGAGGCUGUUGUGUACGAUCAUAAAUAUAAUAGUGCAAGGCAAGACUGAUCCACUAUUGUAAAAAGCAUAGUGACUACAAAUGUCCUAGCAUCUGCUAAAAAUACAACUUUAAUAUUUGUAUUUGUGAAUAUGUUUGCCUUUGCACCGGUGCAAGUCAUUAUAGUUUUCUUUUUAACUCAUCAAAUGGUGUGAACUUUUCAAUCAAUCAUUGCUCCUCUAAAUCUUGUUUUUAAAAAAGAAAAGAAAAAAAAAAUUUUUUUUUAAUCUUUAAUUAUUCCUUAAAUUAUAUGGCAAAAUUGAGCAUCAAUUUUAGCAAUAAAUGUGUGUCAUGUAUAA